GGGGCUAAAUUACCCGUAGGCUACAGGAUUGGGGUGGAGACUACCCGGCCCGCAAAGAGUUAAGGGGCCGUGCGAUGGGGAGCGCCCCCUCCCCCGCUCCUUGGGGCUCUUGGCGGCGGCCCCGCCUCCGUCGCCAUGGGAACAGCCGCGGCGGCUCGGGCUGCGCCUCCUCCGUCUACAGGGGCAGGGCAGGCAGGGCCAGCUGAUCCCGGGUUGAGCGCACCGAGACGCGGGCAGAGCGAAGAGGAGGAGCGGAGACGAGCGGGGUUAAGGGAACCGACCGAGACGCCUUCACCCCCAGCCCUGGGUCUCUGUGCCAGUCCGGUCCCGGUCGUGGCCCCAGAGGGGGAGGCGGGCAGACAGGCGAUGUGAGCUGCCAGAGGAGCCAUGAGCUCCGCCUGGACUCCGGACUACGAGGCGCUGUCCCCGGCAGGGGCUCCAGGGCCAGGGGGAACCGGGGGGUCCGCGGGGCUGGACGCUGAGCAGCGUACGGUCUUCGCCUUUGUUCUCUUUCUGCUGCUGUUCCUGGUGCUGCUCAUGGUGCGCUGCGUCCGCAUCCUCCUGGACCCCUACAGCCGCAUGCCUGCCUCGUCCUGGACCGACCACAAGGAGGCACUAGAGAGGGGCCAGUUCGACUAUGCGUUGGUGUGAGGGCAAAGCGGAAGGGUCCCGCACCUACCCACCCUGCCCCAGCCUCAGCCCCUGUCCCAGGCCCGCCCUGAGAUUCCGCCCUCUCUCUUCCCUACCCUGACGUCUCUAUCCCAUCCCCAGCCUGGCCUAGAAUCCAAGGCCCAGGGCCACCUCCAUUCUUGCAUCCCAGCUUGGUCAAGGGCUCCCCAAAUUCACCCCACACCACUUUACCUCAUCUGGCCUAACCACAGGCUUUUCUCCUUAUCCAGAUCCCCUGAUUCCCACCUGGCCUAGCCUGUGACCCAAGGUUCAAAGCUUUGGUUCUCCUGACCCAAAACCUGGUUUAGACCUCCCUUCUCAAACCCAUAUUUCACCUCCAGCCUGACCUGUCCUGGGUCCAGAUGUUAGGGUAACCCAGACUCCUGCUCCUAAGCUCUCACAUCCACUCUGCCCUUCCACCCCCCACCCCACCUGAGGGCACAAGAUGAGCAGGCCUGAGGUCUGGCAGCUGAUGCUUGUCGAAGUGGAGUGGACCAUUCUCCCCACCCAUUUCCACCAGGGAGACACUAGAGUGAGCAAGCUCUGGGAGGCAGGUCCCCCAUUCCUGUGCUUUGGGGAGUUCCUCUGGCCAGGAUGGUGGCUGCUCAUCUGCCUCCUCACCUGCACCUAUCCCGCCUGCUACCUGAUGACAGAUGGUCAAAGCUCUGGAUGCUGCAUCCUCCUUCUUUUCCUCUGCCCAUUUGACCUGCUGACCUCCCUCCUCUCAUGACAGCUGGCUGGCCACUCUCCUUGAGCACUCAGGACUGAUGUCCCUCCCCCAGACUGGGACUGCAGAACCUCAAGAGAAAUUCAGCAAGACACCCCACCCCUUCCCCACUCCUAGCACUUUGGCCCCUCCCUCAAUUCAACAAGCAUUUGGUGAGCACCUACUAUGUGCAAAGUACUGUGCCACCAGCCCAACCCAGCCCGCUUUUCCUAACCUUGGAAGCUUCUAACCUUUUCCAGUGGUUGACUUCCUGGUCAAGGAGAUCCUGAGCAGAGGGGCUUCAUCAGGGCGGUGGGAGAAAGUAUGGCUGUGCAGGGCACUACAAUUGAACCUAUCUCAACACUUCUUGAAUGCCUACUGUAUGAAGGGCAGCAGAUGAUGCAAGAUGGGUCAAAUUAGACUUGGUUGUGGGUUUUUUUUGACAAGGCUAUAGCUAGCUGCAGGUCAACCCCAAACCCUUAUUGGCUAACCCUUCCCACCCCCACCCUCACCCCCACCCCCAUCCCCCCAGGGUGGAGGGAAUGUUAGCUGAGAGCUGAUACAAGUGUGGCCAACCCGCCCUCUCUGCCCCUACUGCACUCUCCUCUUGUGACUGUAGUAACCUCCAAGCCUGUCUCCUGACCCCCAAUCAGGGGCCUUCUGCUCUCCCAGACCCCACAGGCUGACUCGUUCUCCACCUCUGUGCCUUCAUUCCUACCAUUUCCCUGCCUAGAAUGGCGUCCCCAGCUUCUUGGCCACCUGAUCUGUUUCCAAGCCCAUAUAUCCUUGAUACGUUCCUCCUGUGGCUUUGCUGUGUCCUCCCUCAAAGCAUGGAAGCUUAUGAAGGUUGUGGGGGCCUCUUCCCCCUGGGUUACUGUAGGGUGUUUUAUUCAUUCAGGGCUGGUGCUUGGCCAGCUACCCCAAACACCCCUGCCCCACUAUGCAGGAUUUACUAAUGAGUUCCCGCAAGUGCUGAGCCCCUACCCGACCUGGCUGGGCUCUAGGACCAAAGCAGCUCAUUCAGACUUCGCCCCUGAGCUACAGCUAGCAGACGAACCCAGUACAAGCCAAACGUAGGAGAGAGGAAGGGGAGGAAAGCUGGACAGCGGACAGGGACAACACCACAGCAGCCGUAGCUCAGGCCCAAAUAAUAAAUAACAAAUCAUCCUGUCCUGAGUGUGAGUGGUUUUUGUGAUGAGGUAGAAAAAAAGCUUCAAGGUGAAUGAGAGAAUAGGGUAGUGGGGAAGUGGCAGGUAGGAGACCUGGGUUCAAAUCUCAGCUCUGCACCUAGCUGUGUGUCCUUGGGCAUAGACCUUUCACACCUUGGGUCUAUUCCCCUACUAUAAAAUGAGGGAGAAGGGGCUGGGCUGGAUGUCUAGGGCAUCGUCCCAUUUCUGACAUUCCGUCCCUCUGAUCCUGGCUAUGCUGAUCAACUACUUCGCAUGCGGCUCUGGCCACCACCAGACUCCCUCCCCCGCUCCCCCAUCCCUGUGCCCUUCCAAAACCAGGACUGGGUCAUACAGUCCUACUCCUCUGCCCCAGCCCCUGUUGUGGAUGCUGUUGCAGAGGGUCAGAGGGUCUCAGAACCUAGCAGCCCUGGCAUAUUAGUGCUACUGUCUUAUAAAUUCACCAGUCCCAUCUGCUUCCCAUCCCCCUUACAAUAAACACCUUUGUACCCCUUA